CAGGCUCUGACAGAGUCGCGGUGGGCGUGUCUAACGCAUUCGUUCAGAACAGACGAGCAGUACUGCAACCAACGUAUACGCAAACCAACAAACACGGACUCUAUUUUUGUUGUCAUUUAGUUAACAAACGUUGCAUUUUGCUGCGCGUCUCAUAAACUGAAGGGAUUCCAGUGAGAUAAGGAGACAUGUCCCAGGACAAGCCAAACUAUCCUAUAAUGGGGGAGAAUAACCCCCUUCACAACAGCGUCUAUGGGCCACCCAAAACUGAUGCCUUUGGAAUGCCUCCACCCAACUAUAGCCAGGGUCCAGGGGCACCUCCGUUUGCAGCACCAGGACCCUACGACCAGCCUCCAGCACCAGGGUUCGGCCCUACUCCGUACCCACAGAUGCCGUUCCCACAGGGGCCCUAUGUUCAGGGGCCGUACCCUCAGAGUCCAUACCAGCAGGGGCCCAGCCAGCCUGCCUUUGGUGUAGAUCCUAAUGCUUCUAUGGAGAGCCCUGGAUACCACGGUGGAGAAGGACCCCCCUCUUACUAUGGCAAUGAUGAGUUUGGGAACUCUGGCUGGGAAGAUAAGAGUAUCCGACGGGCCUUCAUUAGAAAGGUGUUUUUGGUCUUGACCGUGCAGCUGUUGAUCACCUUCUCUUUUGUUGCCGUUUUCACCUUUGUAACUGACGUCAAAGUGUUUGUACGGAGGAAUCAGUGGACGUACUACGUGUCCUACGCUAUCUUCUUUGUUUCACUGAUCGUUCUCAGCUGCUGUGGAGAGUUUCGCCGCAAACACCCAUGGAACCUGGUGGCACUGUCCAUCCUGACCCUGAGUCUGUCCUAUAUGGUUGGAAUGAUUGCCAGCUUCUAUGAUACAGAUGCAGUUAUCAUGGCAGUGGGCAUCACUGUGGUGGUCUGCUUCACAGUUGUGCUUUUCUCACUGCAGAGCAAAUAUGACUUCACUUCCUGCUAUGGUGUUCUUUUUGUCUGUCUGAUUGUCCUGCUCCUGGCCUCUAUCCUCUGCAUCUUCAUCCAAAAUAAAAUUCUCCACAUUGUCUACGCCUCGCUCGGGGCCCUGCUGUUCACUUGUUUCCUGGCUGUGGACACCCAGCUUCUCCUGGGCAACAAGAAAAUGUCCAUUAGCCCAGAGGAAUACGUCUAUGCAGCUCUUAACCUUUACACCGACAUCAUCAACAUCUUCCUUUACAUCCUGGCCAUCGUGGGUCGUACCAAAGAAUGAAUGCGUUCCCUUGCUGUGAGAAGAGGAAAUGCAGUCCACUUUAAAUGGAAUGAUUUACCAACUCACAUCUCAUCACCUUUCCUCAUAUUCUUAAUUUGUCUUUCAUAGUCCCUGUAUGUCAACAUGUAUGUACAGGCUGAUCAGGCCAUAAGCUACUUUUCUGGCCAAUUGCAAACUCAACUGGCAAUGUAUUUAGAAAUUUAUUUCAGAACCUGUUUAAAUGUCGUUCCUCUACAUUGCUCGCUCUUGUCCUCCUUGUUAAAACAGCUUCUGUGGUUCUGGAGAUGUGUACCCUGAUAUGACUCAACAGUUGCAUCCAAACGGCAUGGCAGAAAUUCACUCGACUAACCUUUUGCACAUGGCCUGGUUGACAGUGAGGGAGCAAGAAAGAGCAAAUAUCAAUGAGCGGAGAUUUGUAUGGCAGAGUAAUGAACAUUACUGAUACUAAUGUGCUCCAAUAGUCAACAUAAAGUCUCUGCAUGAUAGUCUAGCACAGUGAAGAAUGUCAGACAGACAUAGAUACUUCUCCAAACAUUUGCAUAUAUUCAGUAGCUGUAAAUAGUCAGAUAAAGCGCACACCCCUCUAGUUCUAGGCAUGAAUAUCUGGCUGUGCUGCUCACUAGUUUGUGCGUUUCUACUGUAUAACAUUAAUGCUUUGCAAAAUAAUACCACCAAUAUAUACACACUCCAAGAUGAAAAACAUUUGUUCAGUUGACUGUAUUAUUUAUAGUAUAACUGAGAAGUAAAAUAAAGCCUGUAUGUAGUUUUUUGUUCUGUUUUUUUUUUUUUUGAGAAGAAGGUGAGGUUGUCCUGAUUAUUAAAUCGUUCCAAAGGUCAGUAUUUGAGGCUCAAACACUACAUUACAUGACUCUUCCUCUUUCAUACUGACUACUUUACAUAUUGGUUUUUUUUUUAUUAAAUAGAUAAUUUUGUUGUUUUGAUUGUGUAUGUGUGCGCGAAUGAGGGAAAGAGAUGCAUUCCCUUAUUUUAACGAAUGUGAAUGGAAAAUUGAAUUAUUUGAUGCUUUUGGAAAUAUUGCUAGUUGCAUGUUACCUUGCAAAAAUGUUCCAUGUGCCUGAAAAUAACAGGAUAUUUCUAGGAUAAUCCUUGCAUCUGAUGUUUUUGUGUUUAUUUAUAAGUUAUUUAUUAAAAUGCCAGAGGACGUAAUGGACAGUGCUGGGUAAUUGACAAAUUGUCAUGAACAUGGUGAUAUGGUUUAUUUGAAAUUUAAGAGUGAUACAUUAAAUCUAAAAAAAAAAAAAAAAAAAAAAAACCUUAACAUUGAAAGGCUUUUAUUGGAGCAUUUUAGGGCUAAUUGCAAUAUAAAAAGACAGAUUUCUGUUUACUAAAAUUGUAUACUAAAGAAUAUUCACCCCACAUGGUUUCAGAUGUGAAUGUAGAAUGGUUUCAAAGAUAAUUAGCUAACUUACAGCAUUCACUGAAACGUCAUGUACCCAGCUGUAAUCUUGCAUGUGGAGCUCUUGAACAUGGAACUGGCUGUGAAAGUCAUGGCUUUUGACUUGAGUGGCAUAACCUUUUUUUGUUGGUUUAUUUUAAUGAAAUAUUUGUCUAUUCCUAACUUCUGCAUAAGUAAAGCUAUAGUGGAUUGAGGUGUGUAGAGUGUGUUUGGGCUUUGUAAAUCUCUUUGCACUGUGCAUUUGCAUUAAAGUGAGGAUAAAUUAUAUUUCUCUGCAGCCUGUUUGCUUUUCAAUACAAAAAUAAAAUGAGGAAAACACGG